UAGUAUUUUUUAACAAAAAAUAAAAUAAAAUAAACAACACCAAGGCAAAAACAAUGUUUUUCAUUAGUUCUUUCUUACACGUUUCUGUUCACCAGGUCACAGUUUUUAAACUGCUUCCUCUCUACUUUCCGUCCUCUUUUCCGAUCUCCAAAAUUUAUUUUAAUCUGUUCUUCUUCUUUUUUUCUUUUUCUUUUUUUAAUUUCUCGAAACCCCUUUUUUCUCGAUUAUGUUUAAAUAGAUCAAUGGAUUUCGCCAAGCUAAAGCGGAUGUUGUAUUACUGGAUUCAUCAAAUUGUGAAUAUCCUACUUCGGUUAACCUGGCAUCUCUUACAUGUUACUAUCCACUUAUUCUACUUUGCGAUCAAUAUUGCAAAUGCGCUCGAAAGCCAUCUUAUAUCCAAGGGAUUACUUAGGAGAUACAAAUCCCUCCAUAUAUCCAAGCUUCAGUAUCUGGCUAUUGUGAUAGAAAGCGAAGAUUGCCGAACUUCGAAUGUUAUCGAGCUUUUGCAAUGGCUGGCAGAUCUUGGUGUCAAACAUGUUUGCCUUUAUGAUAAGGAAGGAAUACUGAAGAAAUCAAAGGACUUCAUCUUGGAGAAGUUCGAUGGUGCAACAUUGUUUCAGGAAAAUGAUGUGCUACUAGAUCAACCACUUAUGACUCUGGAGUUUGCAUCGUUUUCCGAUGGGAAAGAAGCGGUGGCAAAAGCAGCUAAUGUGCUUUUUAUGAAGUACUUGAAAUCAGGUUCCACCAGCUCAUAUCAGGGAGAGCAAAUCUUCACCGAGUCUCAAAUGGGGGAGGCACUCAAAACCGUUGUAGGCGGCAACGGGCCAGAACCUGAUCUUUUAUUAGUAUAUGGACCUGCCAGGUGCCACUUAGGUUUCCCUGCCUGGAGAAUUCGAUAUACCGAGAUUCAACAUAUGGGACCCUUGAAGUCUAUGAAAUAUGGGUCACUAAUUAAGGCAAUUUACAAAUUCACAAUGGUGCAGCAAAACCACGGCAAAUGAGAGGCUGCAAUUGAAGAUCAUUUUCCUAGACAAAUUGAGCCAUAAACUAUAUAUAGAAUAAGUUUUACUGUUUCAAGUUUGGUCAGCAUUAACUUAAACAUGAUCUAUAUACAACAUAAAUAGCUGAUAAUUUUCUUGAUGCAGUAAAGGAUUUUCUCCAGAGUUAUUUAUUUGUAGAA